ACAAAUGUCCUCUGAGGGCAGGAGCAGUUUUUGGUUCAAAAUUCCAAUGCCGUCAAUCCACAGGUGGCAAUGGGAUCCGCUGUGGGACAGGGGUGACAGCAGGAGUGGUUUGCUUGUUAGGUUCUAAGCCCAGUGCUCCCCUUGAAGUAUAAAAACCCUGGACAAUCAGCAGCCGAUUUCCCCCCAGCCAGAUUUCCCCGACCCUUCCACCUUCCUGCGUUUACAUCCCAGGUUUCCCCUCUCUAUUGGCUUUGUGUGGCACCGUUUUGGUAGCGGGGGGCUACAGGGAAGCAGAGAUCCACCUGCAGCCCAUGGAGGAGCCCACGCUGGAGCAGAGGCAUGUCCGAAGGAGGCUGUGGCCCCACAGGGAGCCGGUGCUGGAGCAGGGUCCUGGCAGGACAUGUGGAGAGAGGAGCCCACGCUGGAGCUGCCAAAUCCUGAAGGGCUGACCCUGUGGAAGGGACCCACGCUGGAGCAGUGCAUGAAGAGCUCCUUGGAGAAGGGGCUCCCGUGAAACUGGAGCUCUGCUGGAGCAGAGGCGGAGUGUGAGGCACUCUCCUCUUGGGGAAGAAAGAGCAGCAGAGAGAGCAGCCCCCAUUCCCCAUCCCGCUGUCGGGAAUGGGGCGGAGGGAGCCAGGAGCGAUUCCGAGCCGGGGACGAACAGCGGAGCGGAGGGACGGUAGUGGGACAUUUCCUUGCACCUCCUCGCUGCCCCCACGCCAGGUCAGUUUUGAGGGAGAGAGCCAGAAUCCACCCGCUGUGGGACACUGGAAGCCCCUGAUGCCAUCCAAAGGUGACAAAGAGGAGCCAGAGAGUGGAUGCCAGGAUGCUGGAGGUGCGCAUGAGCCCCAGUCCACGGAGCAGCUCAACGUGUCCCGGCUGCGCAGCUCCUCGGUGGAGAUCCGGGAAAAGGGCUCGGAGUUCCUGAGAGAUGAGCUGCACAAAGCACAGAAGGAGCUGAAGCUCAAGGACAAAGAAUGUGAGAGAUUGUCAAAAGUCAGGGAACAGCUGGAACAGGAACUGGAGGAGUUAACAGCCAGCCUGUUUGAGGAAGCCCACAAGAUGGUGAGAGAAGCCAACACCAAACAGGCUGCGGCAGAGAAACAGCUCAGGGAGGCCCGGGGCAAGAUUGACAUGCUGCAGGCAGAGGUGACAGCCCUGAAGACACUGGUGAUCACAUCCACGCCGUCCUCCCCGAACCGGGAGCUGCACCCUCAGCUGCAGAGCCCUUCCAAAGCCGGCUUCAGGAAGGGCCACGGGCGGAACAAGAGCACCAGCAGUGCCGUGGUGUCAGCUGCCAGCCAGAGCGUGGCUCCAGAGCCCGUCAGCCGCGAGUGCAGAGAGUCUGGUUUCCCUGCUCUCCUCUCCCUGCUCCUUUGCAUCCUCCCUGGGAAGGCUAUCCACAUCACCUAUGAGCCAGGCUGGCAGGCCUUGGGAGCAGAUGCUUCCUCCUUCUCUUCCUCACGGCAGGUCGACUCGAUUUUAUUUGCCGAGUUCCAGGCCUGGAAGGAAUCUCCAACUUUGGACAAAUCCUGCUCCUUCCUGGACAGAAUUUACCGAGAAGAUGUAGGACCUUGUCUGGACUUCACCAAGCAGGAGGAAAUGUGCUCUGAGUGGCCUCCCCAGGACCUGCAAGCACCGGAUCAUGCUGGGGGAUUCUGGGAAUUACUACUACAUUUCCCCUUCCUGCAGGGCCAGGAUCACAGCAGUGUGCAACUUCUUCACCUACAUCCGCUAUAUCCAGCAAGGCCUGGUGAGGCAGGAUGUGGAGCUGAUGUACUGGGAGGUCAUGCGGCUCCGGAGGGAGAUGUCUCUGGCCAAACUUGGAUUUUAUCCCAGCGAGAUGUAAGCAGAGCCCUGAGCGUGGGGGAAACAGCUCCUGGAGGAAGGGCUUGGAGUGCAGUGCCUGUCCUGCUCCCUCCCACCUUCCCUCUGCCUGGAGCAAGGAGCAAGAGGCACAAGUUCCACCUUCAGCUGUCCCACUCCUCCAAGCGUGACUGGAAUGCAGCUGCCAUGCUGCCCCUGGAGCUGGGCUGGCCCUGGCUGCUCCAGGGUGGCCAUCCAUGGACUCUGGACUCUCCUAUAUGAAGUAUAUAUCCAUUUUUUAAAAACCUUUUGUUUUUUAUAUGCAGCCUGCUUUGGCUUAACCCGAGGCCAGGCCUGUGCAGGGUGGGACUUCUGGACCUUCCUCAUGAGCCAGUCUGUCAGGACAGAUGCUGGCUGUCUGUUCCACUCAUUUCUUUGGGAUGGAGGGGGUGCUGUCCCCGAGGUCCUGCUGACCACAGCAGCCCUGAAAAUGCCAGCAGAGCACAAUAAUCUUGAACAGUUUGUUUCCAAGCACUUCCUUGUUCCUUUUCAAGGAGCCUGCGAGAGAAGCUUGUUGCCAGCGGAGUCACAAAGAGGGAUUUGUUCCUGUUUUUAGCUGGAUGUUAGGCACUGGGUUAUGCAGGCUGGGGAAUGGCUGGAGCUGUGCACCUGGGGCCUCCAGCAGAAGAAAGGGAGCAGAGAAAUUCCCUAACUCCCAGCAGGCUGCAGGAUUUUUACCCUUGGACCAGGGAAUCUGCUGGAGUUGUCAGAGGCAGAUGCAGGAGCCUGUGAACAGUCCCUGGUGUCAAGUCCCCCAUGAUGCUCCUAAACACAAACCUCACCCACAAGCAAGUCUUGGAGCUGUUCCUGCUCUUGAGAGAACUUUGGGCAGUCCUGUUCCCACUCUUCAGGCAGAACCCAUGUUCCCAGGUUGGGUUCUUUGUGUCUCCAGGAGGAGCAUGCCCAGGCUGGGCAGUCCCAAAGCCCAGAGAUUCCUUCCCAGUGUUACAUCAGACCUGGAGAUGCCUGUCCACUGGGAAUCACAACUUUUCCUGGGCUGCCAUUCCCUGGGGAGGGAAUCUGAGACCUCUUUGUGUGCACUUGAGGAAUAUGGCUGAGGUUCCUGCCUGCCCCAAAAUGUGCUGGGAGGGAGGGAUGUCACUGGAGCUGUAGGAAUGCACAGGCCUGACACAUCCUGAGCCCAGACCCAGGUUUAUUGAAGCCAUGACAGUAUUUUGUAGCUAAUUUAACCUUUUUUUUAAUGACUCUGGAAUCAGCUCAGCCAUCACCCACUCUGGGGUUUUCACUUCUGACAGGGCUGUCACCCUGUCCCUCUGCCACCCUCAGCAAGCUGGUGCCCAUCCUCAGCUCCAUAAUUCCAUCCUCUCCUGAAGGACAUUACAGUAGGAACUCUAUUUUCUUCCACUGAGCUGCUGGAUUUUGUCUAGGAGAGAGAGAAAUAACACAGCUUUGGUUUUCCCCAGCUGUGGAUUUCAGCUCAGGUGAAUUCCACCCCUAGAAUUUCUUCCUGCAUCUCUUCCCCCAUCCUUUCUAUCUCUCCAUGUCUUCCUGUGCUGUGAGCUGCUGCAUGGCACAAACGUUGCAGCACUGGCAAUGAGAUGAUCUCUCUGGCUAGAAGAUGUUUUGGUUUGUGGGAUGUUUUUUCCCCCUUGGUGUCACAUUGAAAAGCACUUUGAGACAGAAGGAACUGGAGCAAUGCCUUGUCUGAGGUUGUCUUGCAUUUCAAACAAAGCAGAGAACAAUUUGUGAAGGAAAAUGAAGUCACUCCAUUAGCAGUGGGAUUGUUGCACCCUGCUCUUUCAUAAAGGAAAAUAAACAUUUGCUAUUAACCUCUA